AUGGGGGUUGGCAAUUUAAAGCUAAUCCUCUUCUGCUUCGAUCAAGGUCCUCUUUAUCCACUUCCCUCAAAUCUUUUCAAAUUCAUCUGCUUCACUUCCUUCCCCGUCAAGCUUCAACAAAACCCUAAACCUCAAAAUCAGUUGCCUACAUGGUUUUUCGCCGUUAAAGUUGCAAUCUUUGGUGUGGUAUUACAUGCUUAUGAUUACAAACAAAAUCUCCCUCCGAUUCUUCAAUUGUGUCUCCAUCCUCUGCAUCUAUACUUGGAGCUUGAGGUUCUCUUAACGCUUCUAAAAGUUUUGGUCAUCAUCACUCUUGGGUGCGACCUAGAGCCACAGUUCAACGAACCGUACUUAGCCACAUCUCUUCAAGACUUUUGGGGUCGCCGAUGGAACCUCAUGGUUUGUGCCAUUCUCCGGUCAGCAGUAUACAAUCCUGUGCGUCGAGUCUGCGAAUACUUGAUGAGCUCUGAUUAUGCUAUGUUGAUUGGUCUAUUGGCCACGUUUUUAGUCUCUGGUGUGGCUCACGAGGUGGUCUUCUUCUAUAUAACCCGUGAGAUGCCUACAGGGGAAGUCACAUUGUUCUUUGUGUUACAUGGAGUUUGCACGGCCACUGAAAAGGCGGUGAAGAGGACGGCGUUUGCGCGGCGGUGGGUGGUGAGUCAGGCGGUGUCACGGUUCCUCACGGUUGGGUUUGUGAUUGUGACUGGUGGUUGGCUGUUUUUUCCUCAGUUUGUAAGAAACGGCGUGAUGGAGAGACGCGCCAAUGAAACUUUGUUGCUCGUCAAUUUCGUGAAGACGCAAUUUUUUAAUUUUCUUUGA